UCAUUUGGUACUGGUGUGUUACAAGGCUUCAGGGUUAGAGGCCUGGGUACUCAGCUGUCCUGCUUGUUUCAAUAUAUAGCACGACCUCUGACGUAAUAAACAGGAAUUUUUUCGAGUUAUUGUUAAAGAGUUAUGCUCCUUUCCAAGCAAUCCACAUGUAUUCAGAAAAGAAAACAGUCCACACGUACGCAGGCGAUGAGUGUUUAAACCUUUUAUCACUUUCAAGGAGUUUCGCCACAAUUCCGGUGUCAAGUUGCUUGUACUUGAAGCCAUUAAUAUGACUCCCAUGCAGUUAGACAGCCAUCAGUCGUGAGGUUUCACACGGCAGACAGGCAGUCAUUCACCAUGAUCUACAGCAGAGUGUAUUGGCUCCUAUUCAGUCUCAUCGUUUGUUCUGGGCCGACUUUCCCGAAGAUACAUUGCCCAAACAUCUGCAUAUGCGAAAAGCAAGAAAAAGGCCUGCUGAAUAUUGUGCGUAAUGUCACUAAUGCGGCUAACCUUGGUUCUCAGAUCUUGUCGAAAGACACCAGAAAACUGGAUUUAUCCAGCUGUGGAUUGACAAGGAUUCCUUCAGAAUUGUUCGUUAAUUUGACCAACUUAGAGAUUCUAUCUUUAGCAAGAAACCAGAUCACCGUAAUAGAAGAAAGGGCAUUCAAAGAUCUUAUUGGACUAAAGAUAUUGAAUCUCACUGAUAACAUUCUUAGUGACUGGAAAGGACAAAUUUAUUCCGAGCUACCCUCCCUAAGGAUAAUUGACUUGACUGGGAACGUGCAUUGGAAGCCAGACAAGAGACUUCUCAACGUGACUACUCUUAGUGAAGUCAGGGGGGUGAAAUGGAGCCAUGAUUGUGUCAACUGUUUACUGCAAAGGACAAACAAUACUUUAACUGGUGACAUUCCUGAUGAUUUGGAAUGUAAUACUGCCAUGUUGUAUGAAUUCCAAGGCUUUCAAGUGAGCUUCACUGAUACGUGUUUGAAAAAAAUGUGUGAGCCAGUCUGUAUGCCUAAAACAAUUGCUAUAAUAAAACAACUAAAGCAAAGAAGUUAUGACAGAGGGAAGUACUUCUAUGGUUGUUAUGCCGUUGGAAGUUUGGCUUUCUCGCUGAACUUGAUCGUCUUGGUUAAUGUAUUUCUGUCCAAAGCGAUGCGCCGAGAGAUGUCAAUGAUUUUAAUAGCCAACAUGGCUUCUUGUGACAUACUAAUCAGCAUCUAUGUUAUUUUGAUUUCAAAACACAACGUCUUUCUUGCAACGCAUGAACAGAAUGCACAAAGUAUCUCGCAGGACGGACAAAAUGCAAGCACCAUAGGAGAUGUUUACACUCGUCAUUGUCAAGGCUCAACCAUUCUUCUAACAGUUGGAGAAAUCGUAUCAUUAGUAACAGCCUUGCUUUUGACCAUUGAAAAGUACACUUGCAUAGUCUACUGCAUGAAACCUGAUGUUAGGCUGAGAAAGAAGCAUACUUUCGUUGUCCUUCUUGUCACGUGGAUUGGAUCCUUCCUCUUUGCUAUUUCACCGUAUUUUGGCAUCUUCAACCUGAAAUAUAGUGCGUCUUUCAUGUGUACAAUGCCAGUGACGGAUGGAAAGAACCCCACAUUUAUCAUCUAUCCCUUGGUUAUCGUAGCCGUAAACUAUAUCUUAAUGCUACCCAUGUAUUUACGCAUAUUCCUGUACGUUCGUCGAUCCAGUGCUGCAGUGGGACUGCACAGAAAUGCUGCGUUAGCCAAGCAGGUUUCCAUCAUGGUUGGUUCCAACUUCUUGUUCUUCGUGGUUCCUAUGGUUCUUCUGGUAGUCAACGUGUUUAUCUUGGGUAGCCAUUCAGAUAUAAUACUAGAUGGCUCGUCAAAGGAUCACAUCGUUUACAUCUGGCUUCCUAUUAUGUUUUUUGGUAUGAACUCGGUACUCAAUCCAUUUCUUUACGCCUUUAGACGCAAGAGGUUCCAGCGAGAGUUGAUCGAUCGCAUCUGUUUUGGAGGACGGCUUCCAGAGCGUCUUCGUAGAGCUUUCUCAGCCUUAAAGUCAAGCCGAAUGACUUCCUCGGCGAGUAGAGUCGAUCUUUAUGAGGUAGAGAGGCAAACCGUCCAGGGGAUGGAAAAUCAACGUCGAAUAGGCCGGACAAGCUCCGAUAUGCCGUUCCCGAAUACAGAAAGAGUUUUGCUGUGUAAGGUUACAGACAUACCAAGUAAGAGAAAAGAAGCUCCAUUAAUGAAGCCUGGUUAGACAAACACAGCCACAGCGAUAAAGUCAUAGUAACAGCCAAACUGAUUAUAGACAAGACAUGUGCCUGGCUCGAAGACUAGUUUUAUCGGUACCGACUCUCGUCAAUAUAUACUGAUUUGUAGUAUGUGGUCGCAAUUUUAUCGCUUGAUACAAAAAAAAAAWGAAAGUAUUUAGUGGAAAUCUAUAACGGCACCUGGAAUAGUGGCGUAGAUAUUGUAGCAUCGUUAUAUGCUAUGUUUAUAGCUAUGUACAUUCUGGAAGUGCAUAACAAUCAGUAGACUGGGUUAGCAGUGCUUUGGUCUCAGUUGCAUGACUCACCACAGGGAGCCCAUAUCGCAUUUGUACAUUGGCUAAUGUACUCUUCUUAAACUUACCUUGGAUACGAGAAAGUAACUUGAAAAUACAAACCUUGGAAAGAAAUGACACAAAUUCCAUUGACAAAUUUGAAUUCAAAUAAAGUUUAUUAUAUUGUUUGAGAAAAAGUGCGAUUGCUUUUGUAUUUUUAUGUUAGCCUCGCUUAAAGAUAAUUUUGAGAAGGGUCCAUUGGUGAUCCGUUAGAAAGAUCGCUUUAUUGUGAAUGUUAUUGAGAAUCUGAAUAUAUGGUAGUAUAUUUCAUGACAGCAAAUAAGAGGAAGAUGAUUUCAAAGGAACUGAGAAUAAUCAUUCUAUCCUAAUCCAACUAAAGAACAAGUUAGCACAUGCUACCGCCAUCCAAUCACAACACUUGAAGAAAACCAAUUGUCUGCUUUUGGCCCCUUAGCCUCGCUUGUAUGCUGUUCUUUUUUUUAAAUUAUUAUUAUUCUUUUUUUUUUUAUUUAAACAUAUUUUAUCGAAACAUUAACCCCAAGAGCGUAACGCUCAUCGAGGGGGUCUAUGUAUGCUGUUCUAAAUGCACACUUUGGACGAGGAAGAAGCCUGAUCUUGACAUUAAUAAUGCAAGGGUGGAUCCAGGCGUGGUGAAAGGGGGUCGCUAGUAUAGACACCCCCGUUUUGCUCCAAUUUCUCAGUAUUGCUCUUAGCAAGCCUCCUCCCUUUUCAUCGCUUCCCUGGUAAAGAUUUUGUAAUAGUGCCCCCCUCCCCUCCCCCCCUUGCUAAAAUUCCUGGAUCCGCCACUGUGAUGUAAUGUAAAAAAUAUAAAAACGAAAAUAUAUAAUAUAAUCAAUGGAAUGUGUAAGGGAGACUGUAAUCAAAUGAACUUAAAGUCAUACGUGCAUUUUGUACAUUUUAUUAACCACGCCAAAGUAUUACUAUUUACAACAACAUACUAUAACUAUUAAGAAUAUAUUGUUUAUAGAUUACAUCCUAAUGCAUGCAAUGGCAACAUAUUACAGCUUACUAUAGAAUGGUUAUAUAUUGUAUAAGGUACAAGAUUAUGUUCUAAUAUAGUGCAAUACUUGUUUAAUUUUAUUGCGAUAAGCUGCUUUCCUCUGCCUCUUAAAAUAGAACAAUAAAGAAUCAGGGAAAACAAUUGUAACACCUUUAA